ACAGAACCUUCCUCCCUUGGGCAGAGCAGACAGUGGCUGCUCAGCAUUCAGCAAUGGAAAUUAAACACUCCCAAUCUGAUUUUAAGCGGAUGCUGAGCAUGGUGGCAGCUGACGAUCUGUUUACUUCCUCCCCCAGAAAACUUUAAAACCACAAGUUCAUACUGAAAAGAAGAAAUUGCGCUGUGAGCUGCAGCGAUGGCAGAUGGUAAGACAGGAGGAGCCGGGCAGUUUGCAAAGCAGGUCCAAAAGCGAUUUAGCCGAGCCCAGGAGAAGACUGAAGGCCACAAACUCUACAAGGACCUUAAGGCUUUCCUCAGCGCUGUGAAAGUGAUGCACGAAAGUUCCAAGAAAGUGGCGGAAACCCUGCAUGAAAUUUACAAUGUGGAAUGGGAUGGACACGGGGACUUGAAAGCCAUUGCGGAGAGCAAUGACCUCCUGUGGGAAGACUAUGAGGAAAAACUAGCUGACCAGGCGGUGAGAACCAUGGAGAACUACAUGGCUCAGUUUGGUGAAAUUAAGGAGCGAAUCGCUAAGCGGGGGCGGAAGCUGGUGGAUUAUGACAGUGCCAGGCAUCACUUGGAGGCGCUGCAGAAUGCCAAGAAGAAGGAUGAAGCUAAGAUUGCAAAGGCUGAAGAGGAAUUCUACAAAGCUCAGGCUGUGUUUGAGGAUCUUAACAAAGAACUUCGAGAGGAGCUCCCAGUUCUUUAUAACAGCCGCAUUGCUUGCUACGUGACCAUCUUCCAGAAUAUUUCCAAUUUAAGAGACAUCUUCUACAAGGAGAUGAGUAAGCUGAACCAUGACUUGUAUGAGGUGAUGAGCAAACUGGAAAAGCAGCAUUCCAGCAAAGUCUUUAUCAUUAAAGGUGUGUCGAGUAACAGGCGCUCGCUGGUCAUCUCCUCCCCGGUGAGUCAUCCUCCUGUCGUUUUCACAUCACUGGGAAGUGCUGCAGAUGGGACCCCUGCGCUGCCUCCUGACAAUUCAAUGUGUCACAAGAGAGAAUCUGUUUCUUCAGCAGCAGAGGGGGAGGCCGCAUCCUCUGGUGGCAGCGAAAUCCAGGAUGAGCGGCCAGCAUCUCCUGCUGCUGUUUUGACACCCGACAAAAAAGAGUCCAUGUCAGAAGCAGACGUGGGGUCCGUGUCCUCUGGUGCCAGUGAAAUCCAGGAUGAGACACCUACCUCUCCUGCUGUUCCAGCGCAUGACAAGAGAGAAUCCUUGUCAGCAACAGAGGUGAAAGCAGAGUCUUCCGGUGCCAACGAUCUCCAGGAUGAAAAUCAAACUAAGACUCUGGAUCAACCCAGCAGAGCUACAGAGAGGUUGUACCGGGGAGUUGAAGAUGUUGCAGCAGCUACGGCUGCAGCGAUUCUAUCUGCUGCUAUAGCUGAGGCUGUGUGCAAAACCAAAACGUCUCCGCCACCCUCUGAUGGUGCAUCAGCCCAAACUCAGACUCCAGAAAGCCUUGAGGUUGACACUAGCGAACUGCAGGAGGAAAAGGAAUGCUCUGUACUCCAGGCAAGCAAUGAAAUCCCAUCUCUGCAAGCACCCUCUUCACCUGACUUGAGAGAGGAGACGGAGCCAUCAGGAGAUACCCAACCCCCAGCUCCCCAGCAAGAAUCAAGUCAGCCAGGAAACGCGAUGCCCCUCAGUGAGGUUUUAGUUUGCCCUGAAAAUGCCACGUACCCUCCUGACAAAGAUUCUCCCCCUCCCACCCCAGUCCACGAAGUCCAUCAAGACCCAGCCAGCACAAGUGGCUCCAGUCCACCUGAAGCAGCGGAAUGGGCCAAUGGCCAGAAGGAGCCAGAGACUGGGCAGAUCAUUUGCCAGCCAAGCAGGGAGGCCGAAGAGGACCAGGGCAGCGAGGGGAGCAUGGAAGAACUAAACAUUUCCCCAACGGUGACUGAAACGCAGAUCAUGUUUGGCUUCAUCCCAGAUGGUGAAACAGGCAGCAGCAGCCAUGAGCUGCCUGUGGACUUCCUCUUCAAGGCUCAAGCAAUCCAGACUCACACAUCAGAGGAUGAAAAUCAUCUGCAGUUCAGGGAAGGGGAGAUAAUUCUGGUGGUAUCCAGCUCUCAGGGCCAGGAAGAAGGAUUUCUCACAGGCUUCAAAGAGAGCGACUGGAAAGUGAACCGGGAUCUCUUACAGAAGAGAGCUUUCCCUCAAGAGCUUAUCAGACCCAUCUCCUCCGAAUGAGUCCAGCGCAUCAAAGUGGCUGAGGCGGAGUGGGAGGGAAACAGGAUCUAUUUAUGUCUCUCUGAAAGCAGUAACGUUGCACUUGUAAUCAGAUUCUGAAUGUCAAACUGCAACAGGGCACAUGGGGACGGGAGAGAAAAUGCAUCUCUCCAAACAAAAUGAAUGUAAGUGGGGAAUUAAUGGAGCUGGUGUAGGAACAAGCUUCAAUUUGAUUCCACAGUACCUGCUGCAUGGCCUUUAGAAAAAGCACAGAAACCUGAACCUCCCCAUGCCGUAAAUAUCAGGGAAUUUGCUGUCCCAAAUUGUUUGCCAAAACAAAUAGUGAAGCAUUGGUUGAACACACU